UGCACGACGUUUUCAGGUUUGAUUGAGCAGUGUGACCUAGUCUAGUUUUUCCCUGAGCCAUGUCUGAGUAAACGCUUAGUAUUUUGUCGUAUAUAUUUAAAAAAUCUUCUCUUUUGAUAGUUCAGCGUUUUCAAUAGAGUGCGGGAGAAAUUCCAAAUUUGGACUGAUCGAUUGCUCAUCUCCACAGGCCGUUGACUAGAGUCUAACUCGCUCCUGCUAUUUGUCCCGCCCCGUCCUGCGUUUGAUUGGUUUGUUUCUCAGAGAGAGCGUGGUAAUUGGAGCUGGGCCCCGUCAGUCGGUUGGUGUGGGUGGCGGUGUUUGGUGCGCGGUGCGCUGCGGCCUGUUCUGGUUUGUUGUCAUGUAGCUUGUGGACUUUUCACUGAGACUGAGCUUCUGAUGGUGAACCUGGGACUGGGUGAGAGACCUUGGGAAGAUGAUCAUAGAGAAUCUGGACGCUUUCAGAUCUUGGUUGUCAAGGGCACUGGACCCUAUUUGUGAUGCUGAUCCUUCAGCUUUAGCAAAAUAUGUUGUGGCUUUAGUUAAGAAAGACAAGCCAGAAAAAGAACUAAAGGCUUUGUGCGUUGAUCAACUGGACGUCUUUCUGCAAAAAGAAACUGUUGGUUUUGUGGACAAACUUUUUGAUGCUUUAAGCACAAAGAACUACGUGCCACGACCAGAACAGCUUGUCCAGGAGACAUUGAAACAGGACAUGCAGCCUACGUGGCAAGAGAGGGAGGACAAAAAAGAAGUUCCCCUCUAUGAUGAGGACCAAGAUGGUAGAAAACCCUCAUUAAAGAAAAGUCACAGUCCUUUUAAACCUCUUUUAGGACCCAUUGAUACAAGAAACCGUGACGAGAAAAAGCGUGAAGAACGACGGCGCAGAGACAUUGAGAGGCAUCCUCAUUCUAGAGAUGUUUAUCGAGAUCGAUACGACCGUCGAAGAGGCAGAAGUUAUAGCCACAGUCCAUCAAAGACCAAAAGUCGAAGUUGCAGUAGGGAUAGGAAUCGAGUCCUUGGCCGCAGCAACAGCACAAGCAGGGAUCAACACAAGGAGCGAUCGAAGUUUGAAAUGGAAAGAAAUGAAGUGACAGAGAACAUAUAUGUUCCUAGUUGUACUUCAGUUAGCAGUUCAGCUGAUCAGUAUUAUGCUGGAGGGCCCCCUGCUCCAAGUGCAGUAACUGUAGUGGCUCCUGUUCACCACCCUGACAACACUACUGAGAGUUGGUCUAAUUUCUAUAAUAACCACACGGGCACAAAUUCCUUCAGUAGAAAUGCAGCUCCAAAACGCCGGUGCAGAGACUAUGAUGAAAAAGGUUUCUGCAUGCGUGGUGACCUAUGCCUCUUUGAUCAUGGUAAUGACCCAUUAAUAGUGGAAGAUGUCACUCUUCCUGGGAUGAUUCCAUUUCCACCACCACCUCCAGGCUUGCCUCCACCGGGCCAUCAGUUGCCUCCACCAGGCCAUCACUUGCCUCCGCCUCUACCAGGUUUGCCUCCAAGCUUGAGGUUACCUCUUAUACCACCACCUGGACAGCCACCUCCUCCUGGUAUCCAUUCUGUAUCUGGACCACAUCCAAUCCCAAAAAGCAGCAUAGAUGGUAUUGAAGUCUCUGGGACUGGUGCAGUACCCUCUCUGCCCCCACCCGGUUUACGGCCGCCACCCUUACCACAGUAUCCACCAUACGCAACUUCAGAAUAUAACUAUGAGCCUGAUGGAUAUAAUCCAGAAGCUCCCAGUAUCACGGCUGGUGCUAGGCCUCAAUAUCGACACUACAUUCCACGAGUUCAAACAGAGCGUCCUAAUCUGAUUGGAUUAACAUCCAGCACUAUGGAUGGUCCUCAGCGCGUACCUACAAAAGUUAAUCAAGUAGACACCUGUCUGGCUGCAACUGCCAGCAACAAUGCAUCACGUGUAGUCAUUGAACCAGAAUCCAGGAAGAGAACUGUAGUUGCUAUGGAUGGGCCACCAAUGAAAAAGUUCUGGAUGGAAAAGCAGCCUUUUAACCAUCAAAACAAGCAAGGUUUUCAGAAGAAAAUUCAACAUGCGUAUGAUAACACAAAGCUGGAGGUUCGCAAGAUCCCAAGGGAAAUGAACACCAUUACCCAGCUGAAUGAGCAUUUCAGUAAAUUUGGUACUAUUGUCAACAUUCAGGUUGCAUUUGGAGGUGAUCCAGAAGCAGCUCUCAUUCAGUACUCACAGAACGAGGAGGCGAAACGAGCCAUUUCUAGUACUGCAGCAGUAUUGAACAACAGGUUUAUCAGGGUGUAUUGGCACAGAGAGAAUAAUGGGAUUCAACAUCAGCAUGAAGUACAGGCGCAACAAUUAGCAGUAUCGCAGCACAACACUGUUCAUAAGAUUUUAAACCGAAACCACAGUCCAGGGUCUUUUGUGCUGACAAAUCCAUCAGCAAAGCAGCGACUUGGGUCAGUGAGUGGAAGUCAGCCUGACGGGCUGCAACCCAGUUCAAACCAGUUUGUGGCUGGUGGAGAAACUUCACAGGUACUUCCUUCAUCCACAAGUUUGGUAAAGGUGGGGUAUAGUUCCUCUGCUACAAAGACAAAUCAUAAAUCUUCUGUAGCACCACAUAAAGCACUUGAAACGAAAGAAGCUUUAAAGAAAAAACAGGAAGCUUUAAAAUUGCAGCAGGAUAUGAGGAAGAAGAAACAAGAGAUGCUGGAGAAACAAAUUGAGUGCCAGAAGGUAUUAAUUUGCAAGUUGGAAAAGAAUAAAAAUAUGAAAACAGAGGAAAGAGCCAAAAUUAUGAAAACCAUUAAAGACUUAACAGGAAGAAUAUCACAACUGCGAGAUGAAUUAAAAGCUACAUCCGCAUCAUCGCCAACAGUUCCAUCACAACCAAAAUCUAAAUCUGAUGCACAGAAAGAGUUACUGGAUGCAGAACUGGAUUUCCACAAGAAGCUUAACUCAGGAGAGGACACAACGGACUUGCGUAAAAAACUGAACCAACUCCAAGUGGAGGCUGCACGAUUGGGCAUUCUUCCAGGAGGACGUGGCAAGGCUGUACAAACACGAGGCAGAGGUCGAGGCAGGAGUGUGAGAGGAAGAGGUGCACAGAUGCAUAUGGUGGUUGACCAUAGGCCCAAAACAUUAACAGUAUUUGGCUUUACAGAGGAGGAAAAAGAUGAAUUGAAUCCCCAUUUUUCGAAAUAUGGAGAAGUGGAAGAUUUUCAAGAGGAUACUCCUUUAAGUGUUAGAAUAACUUUUAAGACAAGAAUUGAAGCAGAAAAUGCUGCAAAUCAGGGUACAAAGUUCAAAGGUCGAAACCUUCAGAUCUCAUGGUACAAGCCUAAAGCACCUUCAGUAUCAACAGAACCGGAGGAGGAGGAAACAAAAGAAGAGGCCUCGGAGCCCGUGGAUCCGUUCUUUCGUGAAGAUGACGAUGAUGAAGAGGAAGAUGACGAAUCUCGCUCUUGGAGACGAUAGUGGAGUUCAGAAUUUUCAUACUACCGCUAUGAACUUCUGUGAAUUUUUUGUUUAAAUAUAUAUACUAAUUUUACAGAAACAUUUUUAUUGUAUUUAAAUAAAAAUGAAUUUGCGGCAUUUUGGUGAGAAAUACAACAAAAAGGCUUGUGACUUUCCUUUCGGUGAUUUUAGGAUACAUGCCCCAAAGGAAGUAAAUCACAGAAUGAUUUGGGGGAAAUGCAGAUGAAGUAAGGAAAAACAGAACUGUUCUGCUUUUGCAGAAGUCCUUGUAUGAAUGUAUAUUAAAAUUGUGUAUAUACUUUGCCUUUUUUUGAUCAAAAGAGCAUUUAAACUGUAAGUAAAUUUUGAUAUGUGUCUCCCCCCCCACCUUUUUUUAAAAAAGAACAACUGAAACAUCAAAAUCCAUCUCAGAGUGAAUUAAUAGAAAAUAUUGAAUUCUGCAUAGGAAAGAAAAGUCCGGUUGAGUAGUUUAGGACCAACAGAUCGUUUUAUGAUCCUAAACAGCUUGUGUUUUUUUUCCCCUCAGCAAUGUUGGUGGGUCUAAAAAAUAAAGUAUUCAUUUGAUAAACAACAAAGAUACUGUAGAAACAAGAUGGCAAAUGUUGAAACUGACCUAUGUGAAUGGUAGCUACAUGGCAAGCUAUUUUAAAGCUGCAGUAACCCACUGAUUUAAUUAAAAUUUAAAUGCUAAACUAGAUGUUUUAUAAAAUUGCUAUUUAAGGAAUUUUUUUAAAAGAAGUUUCUCAGCAUCAUCAUCAUCAUUCCAUGAUUUUGCUAUACAUAAUUUUCCUUUGACUGUGCGUUAUUAACUUUUUAUUAUUUUGUUUCUCUAUCACAGCUUAAAAAUCAGACAUGGUAAUGCUGCACCAUGUUUGAUAUUGGGUUAAUGAUGCCAAAUAAGGGGACGGUUUCAAUCAGGGCCCCUCGAAGCGAGAUUGGUAUUUAUUUUCCAACUUUUUUAAAAAAUAAGUUUUUUUAGAAGUAGGAAAUAAACAUUGGUUACUAAAUAGGUCACUAUUGGGAAAUAUUGCUUUAAAUAUGUUAAGUUUGCAUAAGACAUUAUGAUCGAGGAAUCUCGCCCACCAGUUCUGAUUUCUAUCUUAUGAGCUGCUGUUAAAAGAGUAAUUGUCCACCCAUCAAUCAAGGUCGAACAGGUCUUGGAGAUUAAGAUCUGCGGAAGGAAGGAAGGAUCUAUUCCUCCAUACAAUAUCUGGGUGAGCUAUUGAACUUUAACACCUAUUGACACUUGCACAAGUAAAAUGUCUGUUUGUGUUGUGAAGCUUCUUCUAAUAUGCGGACUAGAUUGGCAGUGAUAUCAGUAAUCUACAUGCUAAUAUUUCAAGAAGUUUACAAUCAAAAUUCAUUCCAUGACUCUUAUUGCACGUAUAAACCUCUAUUUCAAAAUUGGAGCUGGGUAUAGGAAUUGCAGAGUAAGAUACUGAAUUUUUGCUGCAUUUUCCUUUCCCUAGGAUAACUUUCAAAAUGCUGUCUCAUUUUUUUUUGAUAGUUAGAUAAAUUGCAGAAUUAAUAGUUCUCAAAGUGAUAAAAAAAUUUCUGAAUAUUUAUAGCAAGGCAAAACAAACUGCACGCUACAAAAAGUCAUUAAGUACUGUUAAUGUUUAUAAAAAACUUGAGUUUUAAUUUUUUGAAACUAAGAUAAAGAUACACUUGUAGAUACAUGUUUAACUGAUGCAAAACAUUUUACUUUUUGUUCUGUGGAAAUGCAGCUUUAAAUAGAACAGAGUCCAUAAACAUUUGCAGCAUUUUUGUUUGGGGGGGGGGAAAUAGUCUUUGUAAAAUGAUAUUCUGUUACGAGUGGCUGUUAAGGUUUACGAAGUAUAAUCUUGGUUCAGCCCACCUGAAAACUAGAAUGUCUAUAUUGUGGGAGUUUCAAGUUCCUACUGUAAGAAUUUUUCUGUUGGAGAUCCUGAAACUCCUGAUUCAGUAACAUCUAUGUUCUACGAUUUAAAAACAAUAUAAAUGAAUGUGACUGCUGCCAGGAAAUUUGACCAUUAGUUUUGAUGACUAUUUGCGAUGAGGGUUAAACUGGAAACAGUGCCAUCUUGUGAUUAACGCUGUUACCAUCAAGCUUUUGUAAUUGUCAUAGUCCAAUGCUGGUGUAUGUAAACUGUGUGACUACAUAAAUCUCUGCAAAAACCAGCCAAUUGAUCCUGAUUUUAACAGAGGUAGUCUGCAGGGAAAUUCUUCACCAAUAUCUGUUCAUCAUCACUACAACAUCUUGUAAUAACUGAACAGAAGAUUCUUGAGGUUGUUGCUGAUGACUGUAAUUUUACUGUGUUUGAAAAUGUAACUGGUAUAAGUUAUGUGGUCUGGCUAAUUUGUCGUAAGUAGCCUCCCUUUCCCUUUCUGUGAAUGAACCUAUAAUGGUUUUAAAAGGAAAUUUAAGUUCGGAGCUUAACUUUGGGAGUUAGGUUUAAAAUAAAAAGAGCAUUUUUUUAAAAAUCCCCAGUAUCUACCUAAAUGUCACACUUUCUACUGUUUCACUGUAAGAUGUAUUGCACACUUACAUCCAUCAUUACCAUAAAAAUAAUUACAAAAAAAACUGGAAAUCAGAUUUAUCCUUUGAAGUUAGCUUGGAUCAAACUUGGCACUGGUCUUUUGAAACAUUACUUUUUUGUCCCUCUCAUUUCCAUUGCAGGGUUCCAAUAACCUUUGUUAUUUUUGUUUUGUUUUGCUUUCUUUUGACGCCCCUACUUUAUCUGGUUUGUCCUUGAUGUCUUGUACCAUUUAAUGUCCUUUGCUGUUUGUUUAGAAUACUGUUGUGAUGUAGAGCGGGCUGCACUUGUUAAUGGGGAAGAAUACAUAGCAUUUACCACCAUGAAAAGGGAGAGGGGAUAGACGGGACACUAUGGCUUGAGGUGGUCACUGUCAUGUGAUCUUUGAAGGAAAAUGCCAUGAUUGAGCUAAACACAAAAGAUCCAUUGUGUUGAGGAGGACUCUAGCAGUAGUUAGGCAUUUAGAAUUUAUCAUUGUAGAGCUUUUAUUUUGUAAGGGUAUCCUAUGACUUUCUUUUGUAAGUAAAUACUUGUAUAAUAGUUAUUCAGAAUUGUGAGUGCAUAGAAUAUCAAUGUAUUUUUAGGUUGUUUAUGCUAAAAUGUGAAUUCAGUGCAAACUUCUUGCACACUUCAGUAAAAUGUUACUUCAUUUGGGUGAUAUUGUUGCUGAAUUUGUAACAGUUUAUACGUUUGGAUUUAUGUCUUUAUUUCAGUUUUACUGAUUGUAUCUGAAUUUCUAAUUGAGGCAUGUUCACAUUUGAAAUAAAGUCCCACAAUGGAAUGGUUUACAAUAUAAAAUGUUUAAAAAGAUUAAAAAUUAUAUAUAUAUUAUAUAUCUAUAUGGAUAUGGAAGAAAAAAGAUGGAAAAUUUUCAAAAGAAUGAUUCAAAAAGAAAGUUUAAAAAAGAAUGAUUUAAAAAAAGGAAAACAUUUAAAAAAGAAUGAUUAAAAAAAUUUGUCAACAAAACCAUUCCAAAAAAAAACAA